GAGGGAGGGGGUUUGUGUGUGCUGAAUGGCCUGGUACAUUGUUUUCCAGUUGGUCAGGCUUUUUGUGUUUCUGCUGUUUUUGCUUUGUAAGCCACACAGAGUUGUCAGAAGGUCAGGUGACUUCUAAAUUAAAAUUGAAAUAUAUACAUAAGUAAAAAUAUUUUGGUAUUUGAGGUGGAGGGCCACAAACACAUUGGAUGAAGGAGAGUUUGAAGUGGUUUAUUUAUGCCAUGGUGCAUUUUUUUUACAGUGUCUACUGUCAUUUUCACCUGUGCAAUAAAUGUGCCAAUGGUAUAUUCAACUAUAUCCAGGAAAGCUCUGAGAGCUCCAAAAAAGGGUCUUGAAUAUCACCUGUCAUUUCGGAGCUACCAGUUACUCACCCUUAGCAUAAAGGAAUUGUUAACAGCCUCUGUCUGAUCAGUGUUUGGAUGGGAAAUUAAUUACCUGAGCACUUUUUAAAGAAAGAUAGUGAUAUAAAUGUAGCAAGUAAAGACAUGCAGUUGCAUGCAUGGCCACCGAGCAACCAUUUUUGCACCAUCAUUUCAGGAGAGGCAGCAACCGGACUAACUUUAUUCUUUAUUAGUGUUCAUCUAUACAAUUUGCAAUCCAAUAUUUAUUGAGGUUUUUCUGAGCCAUGGUAGGGACAUUACUUAUAAAUGGCCAAUUUGGCCCUUCUUUCUUUUCCUUUGUUUUCUUGUUCCUGUUGAAAGCAACAUAAGAAUAUAUUAAAUAGAGUACAUGCAUUUAAUCAAUGGAUGGGUUUGCUUUAAUUUUCUCUGAUUAGUUGUAGUUAAAGACAGGAGAUGUCAACCUAACCCAUUCUACUAAAUGUCAGAAUAGCUGAAAUGGAGAGGUGGUGAGAAGUGUGUUUCAGAUGCCUAAACUAUCACCACCCCAAAAUAUUUCCUUCCCAAUGGUUUUAUUUCAUUAAAGCAUUUUCAUCUCCAUCUGCUUCUGAGUUGAAUUUUUGAACUGGAAGAUUUUUUUUUUUUAAAUAUGGCUUCAGAAGAGGGAAACUUAUUUACCAAGAUCCUUGACAAAUUUAUUAGCCAUGGAAGCUGAAGAGACGAUGGAUUGUAUUCAGGAAUUUCCAGAACAUUAUAAAGUAAUUUUGGACAGAUUAAAUGAACAGCGGGAGCAGGAUCAAUUUACAGACAUCACUUUGAUUGUGGAUGGUCAUCAUUUUAAAGCUCAUAAAGCUGUUCUUGCUGCUUGCAGUCAGUUUUUCUACAAAUUCUUCCAAGACUUCACUCAGGAGCCUCUAGUAGAAAUUGAAGGUGUAAGUAACAUGGCCUUUCGUCAUUUAAUUGAGUUUACAUAUACUGCAAAACUAAUGGUCCAAGGAGAAGAGGAAGCAAACGAUGUCUGGAAAGCAGCUGAGUAUCUUCAGAUGUUGGAAGCCAUUAAAGCACUUGAAAUCAGGAACAAAGAAAAUACAUCCUCACUUGAAUCAAAUCAAGUUCAAGAUAUAAAUAAAGCCAAAAAGAGGAAGAUAGCAGAGACCUCUAAUGUUAUUACUGAAACACUGCCUUGUGCAGAAUCUGAACCAGUUGAAAUUGAGGUGGAGAUUGCUGAAGGAGCUCUCGACGUGGAGGAAAAUAACAUUGAAUCUCUUGAGGAAGUGGCUUCUGGUGAACAGCCAAUAAAGUACAUACAGACUACAGGUACCUCAGAUGACUCUGCUUUGGCUCUUCUGGCAGAUAUCACCAGCAAGUUCCGCCAUGGAGAAAGGAAAAAUGAAAUUCAGGAGGAAUGUGACAACUUGUCUGAUCCAAUGGGCAAACAUGUGGAAGGCAUUGAGAUCAUGGAACUUCAGCUGUCGCAUGUCAACAAUCUUUUCCAUUGUGAAAAGUGCAAUCGCACAUUUAAAUUCCUUUACCACUUUAAGGAGCAUAUGAAAACACAUUCCACUGAAAGCUACAAGUGUGACCUAUGUAACAAAAGAUACUUGCGUGAGAGUGCGUUGAAGCAGCACCUUACUUGUUACCACCUUGAUGAAGGUGGAACAAACAAAAAACAGAGACCUGGCAAAAAAAUACACGUUUGCCAAUACUGUGAUAAGCAGUUUGAUCACUUUGGACAUUUUAAAGAACAUCUUCGGAAACACACAGGUGAAAAACCAUUUGAAUGUCCAAAUUGCCAUGAACGUUUUGCUCGGAACAGCACCCUCAAAUGUCAUUUGACAGCAUGCCAGUCUGGUGCAGGUGCUAAAAAGGGACGGAAGAAGCUUUAUGAAUGCCAGGUCUGCAACAGUGUGUUUAACAGCUGGGAUCAGUUCAAGGACCAUUUGGUAAUACACACAGGUGACAAACCCAACCACUGUACCUUAUGUGAUGUUUGGUUCAUGCAAGGCAGUGAACUCCGGCGGCAUCUGCAAGAUAUGCACAACAUUUCAGAGCGAAUAGUAUCUGAGGAUAUUCUUCCAGUGGACAGUGAUCCAGUGGCAUCCAUGACAAUUAUAGAGCAGGUGGAACAAGUUCAUGUCUUGCCCGUAAUUCAGGUCCAGGUGGAUCCAGCCCAAGUGACUGUAGAACAGGUACAUCCAGAUUUGAUACAGAAUAAUCAAGAAAAACAUGAACAAAUAGCAGAGCUACAAGAGCAGGUUGAAAUAAGCUACUUAGAGGUUGAACACAUUCAGACUGAACAAGGUACUGAAGUACAUAUGGAAGAGCUGGAUGUGGAACAUGUGAACCAGUUACAAAUGGAAGAAGUUCAGGCUCAUCUUAUGGAGGAACAUGAUUUAGAACAGGGAGAGUCAGUGCCCAUGGAUCAAGAACUGACAGCAAGCACAUCUAUUCAGGUGGACGAGGUAGAAGCACAUGGAGCAGAUCAUGAAGAAUCUGAUGAUUUAAAAACUCAGCCAAUAAUGGCAACGCAAGAGGAAAAGGAGGAGAGCUAAACAAUUUUGAUUGCAUUAUAUGUGAUUUGGGGGGGAAAAAGUUAAUACCAAAUUAUUUUUGUUAAAUUACUUGUUUGACUUUUGCCCUACCCAUGGGACAGCUCUCUUAUAUCGGUGCCCUUAGGGAAGUGGACAGGUGGACCAAAGUUAGAAUAUUUGAUUGAACUCCCCUUCUUUAUUUCUAGGAAGGAAAAAACCCUUUUGUGUGUGUGUGUUUUCUUAAAAUAAAAUACCAUGGAGCAAAGGCUAUUCUGGAGAUGAACAGCUUUGUGUGAAGUUUAAUUGUAGAGUUUUGCUAGAUUAUACUGUUUUGUCAUUGUGAGAAAUUUCUGAAGCAAGUUCUAUUUUCCUUUCAGAAUAUGAGUUUAGUGUUAAAAUGGCAAUGUUAGUAUGGAUUAUCUAUAAAUUUGGGUAAUCUGCUUUAAGAAAAAAGAUAUUUUUCCUUCUUUCCCAUUUAAUAUUUUGAAGUAGCUGCAUUAUUUGCUGAUGUUCCUAACUUUAAGCACUAUUUUCAAGGUCUAGAAGAUUAUUGGGAUGGAGGUAGAGUGUGCUUAGGUUUUGUGAAUACAACAAAAAAAAAACCUUCGUGCCUUCACACAAUAAAUAAUUAAACUUCCACAAAGCUUUUACAAUUCUUACAAAGCUAAUACAAAAGGCAGUGUACAUAGUACUGUAUAGUGCUUUGUAAUCUUGCUUACAAUUGUUCGCUAUCAGGGUUUUUUUCUGCAUUAAAAUAAAAUUGGAUGGGAGAAAAUGGAUUGAACACUGGCAAUUUUAAGGGCCAAUUAUACUGGGAAAAUGCAUCUGCAUCUGUAACAAGAUAUGAGUUGGCUAAUAGGUUGCACUGGCAUCACCAGAUUUUUAUUUUUUAGGAAAAAAGGUACAUUUUAUAUUUAAAGGAAAAACAUUAAAAAUACGAAGUAAAUGUGUCUACGCAAUGCAUCAGGCUACUGUUUUAUUAUUUAAACUUUAUGACCCAUGAUUGAAAGAUCUUGUGCUUAAAAGGUUUGAAAAAAAUCCAAAGCCAUAAGUAUGAGUGUUUUAACUGUGGAUUUACAGACGUAGGAGUGUAAAUAUUUUAAUCAGUAUUAUUGGACAAUAAAACAGUACCUAUCAUAA